AUGCGCAUAUACGCGUCUUCUUUGAUCUCCUCCCUUCUGUGCGCUCUCCAGGUCACUCGCGUUCUCGCCUGGGGAGUGGCCGGUCACCAAAUCGUCGCGACCAUCGCACAGAUCCACCUUCUCCCUUCGGUACAGGAACAACUCUGCGAUAUCCUUCCCUACAACGCCCGGUGCCAUCUUGCCCCCUACGCUGCUUGGGCAGACAGCAUCAAGCGCAAGCCGGAAUGGCGUUGGACAAGCUCCCUCCACUACGUGAAUGGCAUCGGCGAUCACCCCGCGGAACACUGUGUCUUUGGCGACCAAGGUUGGACCAGCGAGAAGAACCUUCUAUCAGCGCUGGUGAACGUUACGUACGAGACCAAGAACUAUGGCGCUGAGAGGCAAGAUACAGCCGUGAGGUUCUUGACGCACUACCUGGGCGACCUGCACAUGCCUAUGCACCUGUCUGGUCGGGAUCGUGGUGGCAAUGGGGAUCAUGUAAAGUUUGAAGGGCGUUCGACAAACCUUCACACCGUCUGGGAUACCCUCCUCAUCACCCAGUCUAUCCGUACUCUCUCAAAUUAUACCCGCCCGCUCCCCAGCACGCGCAUAGAAUCUGCGCUGCGCGGUUCGAUCUUCGAUCCCUAUGUGCGCUGGAUCGUCUGGGAAGGUAUUCGCGGCUGGUGGGCGGAUGAAUACCUCGCGUGGCCGACCUGCCCAGCCGACGGCGACCUCGACCCUUCCCUCCUCAUCCCGCACAAUCUGGACGAGAACAGUCCAGAUUUCCCCGUACAUUCCUUGGCAAACCAAGCUAUCUUCAAUGUUGGUCCGAAGACGCCGAUCGACCCCGUCGACCUACCUAUCUGCCCGCUUGCUUGGGCGACCACCCUCCACCCGCUAAACUGCCAAUACGUCUGGCCGCCACACUACGAUACUCAUGGCAAACCGCCUGAGCUCGAUACACCCAAGUACCUUGGUCCGAUCAGGGAUCAGCACGUCGUCGAACAUGUGCUCGCCAUGGCCGGUGUCAGGCUUGCGGCGGUGCUGAACACUUUGCUUGGUGGCGAAGACGAGAAGCGUGCCCUUGGGCACGGCCUAGAUGCCCUUGCAUGGGAGUGACGGGUUGGCGAGGGAAGAAAGUUUGUAGAAGAUAUCGGGGCCUUUGUAGGCUAAUACCUCGGUUGUACGAAAUGGCGAUACCCACUUUGUGUAUUCCUGGGCUUAUCGUUAAUGAC